AUGGACUCUUCCAGAUCGGCUCCGAAACUGGAUGGCUUCUGCCCGUCAUCCCCCAGCAAUCGGCUUCAGACGGACAAGAGGCACAAGCUAACAUUUAACAACUUCUACAAGACGAAGUUGUGCCCCUGGUAUAUCAAAGGCUCUUGCCAUUGGGGUGCAAGCUGCAACUACGCGCACGCCCUCUCCGAACAGCGAGAAGCCGUGGACCUUACCAAAACAAAGCUGUGCCCGACGUGGCUGAGCCAUAGUGUGUGCCGCAACCCAAAAUGCCGUUACGCACACGACUACAGCGAGUUGCGCGCUACCACCGACGUCUUUAAGACUUCCCUUUGCUCCUUCUUCAUCAAGGGAAUACCUUGCCCUAUGGAAAACAGGUGUCGGUUCGCCCAUGGCGUUCAGGAGCUUCGUCCCCGCGCUAAGGAUGAUCUUCAACACGGAGCUCCAGGCCUCAUCCAGAAAGCUGCUGAAGCCAGAGCCGCCUUGGCUGCCGCAAAUGCUGCGGCUGCCGCUGCUCGUGCGGCAGCGACAGCUAAAGCAGCGGCGGAAGCCAAGGCGGCUGCAGAUGCUGCCAUUGCUGGUCUCGCUGACGCGUCAGGCAGUGCGUGUCGCGCAGAACCUCGUGUCUCGCCUCCGGUUGCUCAGGUCCUGGUUCCAGUGCAGGAGGGAGGCCAUGUGCCUCUGAGUUGCGCCGUCCGAGGAAGAGCCUCUGCACAGAAGAAUGCAGAGGGACGUUGUUCACGUCGGCAGCCUGCAACGGGAGUCCUCGCACUCGACAAGGAAAGUGGAGCCUGGCGUGCGGAGCUGUCGGCACAUGCUUCGGAGUUUGUUUCCAGAGCCUCUGUGACGCCUUCGUAUCCACUUUUGCCCAGUGUCAACUCAGCUUCAUCUCUCGUAGGGACUGGGCUUGAAGGAACGAUCGAACUUCUUCUUCAGUCCCUCCAAUGUCACUCAGGAGACCGCCCUGGUAAUAAGCCUUUGGACAGCUUGAGCAUCAUCUCCCCUGGAAGGCAGACGUCGUUCCUCCCGAGGGGAUCAGGACUUGAAAGUUCCUUCAAUCCCCAGGCCACUCCGUUCAGCCCAGGAGCAUGGUGCAGAAACACUGGAAACGGAUAUCACAUUUCAGGUGACCCACUGCAGACCCACGGCGUCUCAUCGGCCUGUGACAACCCGCUGAGCACGCUCGACUUUUCCAGUCUCCUUUCCACGGUUGCCAUGGCCAUAGCAGCGUCUCCACCGGGCACCACGAAAGCGGAUGUGCCGGUCGAAGCUUUCCUGCCACCGAUGGUUGGGGAAUUCGCUUCCGCCCCUGGGCUCUCGGCUCCAUGGAACAGGUCUGGUUCGCAGAUGCCUUGUUCUGCUCACCUCCCUCAUGGGCUGCUGAGGUCGGCAGAUGCAUCAGUUUCUUCUGAAGGUCAGACCACUGCAAGUGGCGGGGAGGAGUCGUCAUUUCCCCUUGCAGCGCAAGGUGAAGACGGGGCUCAAUCAGGAUCAGGGAGUGGUGCCACGAACCCUAAAGGGUGCCUCCAGACGCAGAACAAGGAAGCGGCUGAAGGGCCUAGUCCAGCAGGGGAAAGGCUCGAUGCAGCGGGGACAUUGCUGCUCACUCCCGCAGACGGUAUUCAGACGGAGGAGAGUUCGGGCGGCGGCGCAGCAAUAGUCCCAACAAAGAUGGCGGAGUCGCUUCUUCACCCACUGACUGGUUCCCGUCAAACGACUGGGGCAGGCGUCGACUGUGAGUGA